UCAAGCUGCUGGAGGUGGUGAGCUCCCAGGCUGCCUCGGUGCUCUCCCCGACCAGCCCCAGCCCCAGCCCCAGGGACACGGUGGCCCUGCUGCUGGGGAAUGAGCCCCGCUACUUGUAGGCCGGUUCUGGCUGGCCAAACUGGGGGUGGUUGUUGCCGACUUCAAAGCCGACGUCUGGAGGGGGCCCCUGAAGCACUGCAUGGAGGCCAGUGGCCGCAUCAUCUGCCAGGUCCAUCACAUGUGUGUGCCUCCUGCAUUUAUCAUGCUUGAGCUGAGGUGGUCGAUGCUAGGACUGGCUGAGCCCUAUUACCGUGUCUGUGAAAAUUCUGGGACUCUUGCAGUGAAGUUGACUAGAACGGGGAGCAGUAGAGAUCUGGCUUUUGUUGGUAUAAAGGUACAGGAGAUCUCGGCCAGGCUGGGAAUGGAUUUCACGCAUAGCAGCGCAAGUCUUGUCCAGUUUGAUCCGGGUGUUUCCACAAAACUCUGGAAUAUUUACUAGAAGAAUGACGGUUUGGAAGAAAAUAAGGAAUUCCUUAAAAUAUUACUGAAGACGCCGAAGAAUGCGGUACUGGGAAGGAACAGCGAGACCACGGUGGAAAUCAUGGAUCCAAGAGGAGGUCAAUGCAGAGCCCGAAAUGUGAACACAAGAGAGGUGUCCUUACACGCAGGACACGUCGGCAGCCCCGCAAGGCAGCACCUCAGCAAUGACAGGGAGAAAUCUUCCUACGACGCCAGAAUUUCAUCUCCAAAGAUCACCCAGAUCCUCCUGCCCAACACGCGUGCAUCCGAGCAUUCCAGAAGCCAUCUUUAUCAUUCCGGCCCGGACUCCGGCAGCGAGCUACCCUCACGUCGCCCAGGGCAACAGCUACAUCUCCCUGGAAGCAGCGUUCUCUAUCACGGGAUCAUCCCAAUGAGCGGACCUCAACCGACCAAUAGGAGAGGAGAUGUCUGGCUGGUUGGCGCUGGGCCAAGUCUUUCUCAAGAUCCUGAGGAGCGCCCCCUGCAGGACUCUGCUCCACUGGACUCUGUGCACAAGUCAAGUAAUGAGACACAGCAGAUACGGGAUAGAAAGCUCAGGGAAUGUCCGGCAGGGUGGACCCUUCAUCAGAAACACUGUUAUUAUCACAACACUCUACAAAAGUCCACCUGGGAGGGGGCGGAGCACGACUGCGCACAGAGGUCUAACAGCCAUCUAACCAGCGUGCAUUCGGAGGCAGAUAUGAGCUGGCUCUGGAAGUUUGCUGGGAAGAAGCCAUUUUGGAUUGGUCAAUGCAGAGCCCGAAAUGUGAACACAAGAGAGGUGUCCUUACACGCAGGACACGUCGGCAGCCCCGCAAGGCAGCACCUCAGCAAUGACAGGGAGAAAUCUUCCUACGACGCUGGAAUUUCAUCUCCAAAGAUCACCCAGAUCCUCCUGCCCAACACGCGUGCAUCCGAGCAUUCCAGAAGCCAUCUUUAUCAUUACGGCCCGGACUCCGGCAGCGAGCUACCCUCACGUCGCCCAGGGCAACAGCUACAUCUCCCUGGAAGCAGCGUUCUCGUACGUUCAUUUAACUUUCUUAAAAGAAAAAAAGGAAGAAAAAAAAAAGCAUUAAUAACUCUAGGAAUAAAUGAGAAGUAUCACGGGAUCAUCCCAAUGAGCGGACCUCAACCGACCAAUAGGAGAGGAGAUGUCUGGCUGGUUGGCGCUGGGCCAAGUCUUUCUCAAGAUCCUGAGGAGCGCCCCCUGCAGGACUCUGCUCCACUGGACUCUGUGCACAAGUCAAGUAAUGAGACACAGCAGGAUAGAAAGCUCAGGGAAUGUCCGGCAGGGUGGACCCUUCAUCAGAAACACUGUUAUUAUCACAACACUCUACAAAAGUCCACCUGGGAGGGGGCGGAGCACGACUGCGCACAGAGGUCUAACAGCCAUCUAACCAGCGUGCAUUCGGAGGCAGAUAUGAGCUGGCUCUGGAAGUUUGCUGGGAAGAAGCCAUUUUGGAUUGGCGUCACUGUAAUUUCUAAUUAG